GUUUUGGUUUUGAAUAUAAUUAAUACAUAUAUCGUAUACACAGUCAGUGAGUGUAUUAAACAAACCGUUUCAUCGAUUGAUUGAUUGAUCGAUUGAGUGGCCAAACAAUCAAAACAUUACCGCCGAUAAUAUCCAAUCAAUCAAUUUAGUGGACACACACUAACACAUACCUCCAGUGGACCGACCGACAGACCCGACCCGACCCGCGUCAAUGUUGUCCAGCAGUAUUAAACGCCUGAACCGGUCGACUCGGCUGAUGACUGCCGACGAUAUAUCCGAUUCGGCAAUGGCCAACCGGCCGUCGGCUGCCUUCAACCAGUGUUGGUACUAUUUGCAACAGUCGGCCUACGAUCGGGCACUGGACGAAUCAACAAAAAUCAUCCGACGCGAACCAAACAACCCGGAAGGCUAUGUCCUGAAGUCCCGAUCGUUGUUUCAAUUGAAACGUUACGAAGAGUCCGAGGAUGUACUGUUGCAAGUGAUGCGUAUCGCCGAACAAACACAACUGACCAGAACCGAUAUGGAAGGAGUGGUUAAGCUAAAGGACGAGUUGGCCAACUCCAGGGUUGAGAUACUACGGGCCAACAACUUUCGGGAGCCCAUGGAUAUCGCCGAAAUGCAUUGGAAUGACUAUCAUAAGCCGAUACUCGAUCUGAUUGGUUUUGCAUCGUUGGCCACUUAUAAGAGAGGCAGCGGCGGCUCCGGUGGUGGACACAAUGAUGAUCGACCUAUGGAAGUGGAUCAAGAAAUUAUCGAUAUAGUUGGUCCCGAACGGGCCCGGCAAUUGUAUCCCGAUCUAUUAAUUGAUACACCAAAAGCUAUGAGUACGCCUAACCAGCGCCGCGAUGUGCGGCCGUUAGCGGCGGCCACUGAUUAUACUAACCGAAGUAGUAGUAGUGGUGGUGGUCGUCCGCAGGCGGGAGGACGCAGUGGUGGCGGCACUGAAGAUGAUUCAUCACUGAGAGCCGCUGGACUUAAAACGUCGCUAAUGUUGGCCGAAGAAAAAGGCCGUAAACUUGAAUCGGAACUGAAGAAAGUUUACGAACAUUUGCUGAAACUGAACGGCGAAAAGAAACAAUUGGAACGCAAAUGCCGAACAUUGGAAGACCAGUUGGACAAAGCGCUGGCCGGCGGCGGACCGGGAAAACAGCGUCACCGACAGCAUACGGAAGUGAUUGAUUUGGAGCCACAACAACAAUACAGACAACAGCCGAUUCGUGUGCCGACCACUGCUCAGCGCUAUAAAGAAUCGGUAGCCACUUCGGCACUACAGUCGUCGACAUUCAACGAGGACAGCCAGCUGUACGGCACCGGUACUGACUAUAAUAGUAGUAGUCGUAGAGCCGGCAGUGGUUUUGGUGGUGGCGGUGGCGGUAGAAAAACUAAAGCUGAUCCAUACGAGCGUAUAUUUCGUCGCGAUAAUCAACCACAACAACAACAUCGGGACAAUAGUGGCAGUAGUUUUGACUCCCGAUUCCAGUUUGGCGGCAAUCUUAGGACAACUAAUCCGUAAAAGUAGUAAUCACACAUAAGUAGUGUUUAAAUCAAAAUAAUAAACACUUGAUAUUCAUUUA